AUGAAUGCGAUCCAGCGCAGGGUCAUCCGGGCGAGCUCAGGGGACACCGUGGCGGCCCAGCCCUUCACCCCCCCUGGGACCCACUUUGGUGCGGUGCUCCUCAACGCCGAGCUGGAGCCCAUCUCGCGACGCGGGGGGGAGGUAGACCUGCCUGCGCCCGAGGUGGAGACCCACAUCCAGUCCAGAUUUGCAGACCAGGUCUUCACAUCGGGUCAGGAGCUGACCUUUGAGUUCCAGGGCCUCAACUACCUGCUGAGAGUCAGCACGCUGACCGUAGUGGUGCCAGGGGGGGAGCAGCAGACUGUGCCGCGGGCCAUGCUGUCCCUGGCCACCAGCUGCGUGUUUGAAACAAGAAAGGGGAGCGGCAUCAAGAUUGUGGGCCAGAAGAGCAUCAUGACCUCCCAGCUGUUCAAGCAGCGCGAGGUGUCCUUUGAGAAGCUGGGUAUCGGAGGCCUGGAUUCCCAGUUCCGGGAGAUGUUCAGGCGAGCAUUCGAGUCCCGGCGCCUCCCCCCCUCGGUUGUGGAGCGGCUGGGGAUCAAACACCGGAAAGGCAUCCUGCUCUAUGGGCCGCCAGGCACGGGGAAGACGCUGAUUGCCCGGCAGCUGGGCAUGAUGCUGAACGGCAAGGAGCCCAAGGUGGUGAACGGGCCUGAGGUGCUCAACAAGUAUGUGGGGGCCUCAGAAGAGAACAUCCGGAAUCUCUUCAAGGACGCCGAGGAAGACUACCUGAAGAACGGGGACGAUUCCGAGCUGCAUGUCAUCAUCUUUGACGAGAUAGACGCCAUUUGCAAGUCUCGCGGCAGCGUGCGGGACGGGUCAGGCGUGCACGACACCAUCGUCAACCAGCUGCUGACCAAGAUCGACGGCGUGAACGCGCUGAACAACAUACUGGUGAUUGGGAUGACCAACCGCCUGGAGCUCUUGGACGAGGCCUUGCUGCGUGAGGGGCGGCUGGACGUCCACAUGGAGAUCGGCCUGCCAGAUGAGAACGGCCGCCUCCAGAUCCUCAAGAUUCACACCAGGAACAUGAGCGAGCACGGCUUCCUGGCAGGGGACGUGGAUCUCGCUGAGCUGGCGCACCGCACCCAAAACUACAGUGGCGCCGAAUUAGAGGGGUUGGUACGUUCCGCAACUUCUUUUGCGCUGGACCGCGAGACCGACAUGGCCGACUUGUCCAAGCCGGUGGUGGAGGAGAACAUCCGCGUCACGCGCGCCGACUUCCUGCGCGCCCUGGACGAGGUGAGGCCCUCCUACGGCGCCGCCACCGAGACGCUGGAGCAGUACCGACCGGGCGGAAUGCUGGACAUCGGGCCGCAGUACCACGCCACCCUGGCGGAGCUGCAGCAGCUGCUGGAAAGCGUGGAGCAGCAGGAGGCGGUGCCCCUCUCCGCCGCCCUGCUCUGGGGCGACAGCGGAACGGGGAAAACGGCCCUGGCCUCCACCCUGGCCAUCGACAGCGGGUUUCCCUUUGUCAAGGUGGUGACCACCGACUCCAUGGUGGGGUAUUCGGACGCCGCCCGCUGCUCCCAGAUCACCAAGGUCUUCGAGGAGGCCUACAGGUCGCCGCUGUCGCUGAUCGUGCUGGACGACAUCGAGAACCUGUUGGCCUAUCGCAGCGUGGGCCUGCGGUAUGCCGACGCCGUGCUCAGCGUGCUGAUUGAGUCGCUGAAGAAGCUGCCACCCCCCGGGCACCACCUGUUUGUCAUCGGCACCACCAGCAACAAGGAGAUGAUGCAGACCCUGGGCCUCAGCAAGUACUUCCAGCUGGAGCUAGAGGUGCCCCCACUGGACUCCACCGCCGUGCAGAUGGUCCUGGCGGCGAGCGGCGCGCCACGCGGUGUGGACUUCUCCGCGGCGGCCGAGACCCUGUACGGCGAAAGGGUCCCCAUCAAGGACCUGCUCUUCGCCCUGCAUGUGUCUGCACAGGGUCUGGCCCCCGGCGAGACUACCGUCUCGGCCUCGGCCUUCCAGAGGGUGUGGGCCCGCAUCGCCAAAGCAGAGGCAUGA